AUGGAAACCAAUCAUCCAGUGCCGUCGGCGCGAGUUAUUGAUGCCGUGGAGAACAUCAAACAUGAUCGUUCUGCAAGCCAAGGGGCCCUGAUCAACAAUAUAAGUCACAUGCCAACAUUUGGUUUACCAGCUAGUGCCUAUGAAUUAAAUUCCAAUGCUCGAUUAACUAUCAGAUUUGAUAGAGAAAUGUUCAACAGUAGUCUAUUUGAGAGUGAAAUAGAAAUCAGUCCAGCAUUUCGAUUUAAUAGAAAUGACUUAUUCAGACCUCCCCAUUUUGAUUUCAGUCAUAGAAGUAGCACAUUGUUAAAUGGACAAUUCUCUACAUCUAAAGAAAUGGGUCAAAAUUUAGAUACCAAAAAGCAUUUGCAUGAGUUUGGGUUGAAAAAAGCCGAGGUUAAAGCCAAACCAUUUAAGUGCGAUGUGUGCAAAAAAUCCUUCUCUAGUUCUGGUGGUUUGACUGUCCAUUACAGAACACAUACAGGGGAUAAGCCAUUUAAAUGUCAUGUGUGCAACAAAGAAUAUUCUUGUGCUAAUGGUAUCUUAUACCAUCAGAGAACCCAUCACUUUUUGCAAGAUACAAAACCGCUGAAGUGUGAUGUAUGUGACAAGCUGUUCUCCAGCAUUGGUGGUCUGACUGUUCACUACCGUUCUCACACUGGUGACCGGCCAUUUAAGUGUGAUGUGUGUUUUAAAACAUUUACUAGUUCCAGUCACUGCAAGUAUCAUCAAAAGUCUCAUUCGCAGUUGAUUACCAAAAAAACCUUGAAAUGUGAUGUUUGUAGCAAAUUGUUCUCCAGUUCAGGUGGCCUUGUAGUUCAUUACAGAAUGCAUACUGGUGAUCGUCCAUUCAAGUGUGAAGUUUGCUUCAAGUCAUUUACCAGUUCCAGUCAUUUCAAAUACCACCAAAAAUCUCAUGUGAUUUCAAAUGAUAAAAAAACAUUGAAGUGUGAUGUAUGUGAUAAAUUAUUUUCUAGCGCCGGUGGACUAGUUGUUCAUUACCGUACACAUACUGGCCAUAGACCAUUCAAAUGUGAAAUUUGCUUAAAAUCUUUCACAAGCUCAAGUCACUUCAAAUAUCAUCAAAAAACCCACAUGGUUAAUGGCUGA